UGUCACCGUCAACGUACUGCCCAUGUUAGUAUGGCAGUUUUUUUAACAAAAAGAAGAGCUGCCUUGCUGUAGCCUACUGUGUGUUUUCGCCUCGAAACGUAAAAUGUUCGACAGGUGAGAGAGAUGCAACAUGGGCAGGAUUAGACCAAAAUGUGAGUCCAGGAAGCCAAAGAGUCAGCUGUCAUGUCACACAGCAACCUGUGUCGGCUCCUCCACCCGGAGCUGAGUCCCCUGUGUGAAAGGGGACCCUGCCAGCCUCCAUGGCUCACUCAUCAGACCCGUCCCGCAGGGAGAAGACCCCCGGGAGCCAAGGGUCACACACGGCUACCCGCAACCUCUUACGAAAGAAGGAGCAGCGCCGGCGUGGAAUCCGAUCCAACUCGCCCAUGGGCCGGGUCAUCCUCAUCAACUCUCCUGUGGAUGGUGGAGAUGACUGUGAGGACCUCCAUACAAUCACAGUGGAUAAGAGUGUGGACGGCAAGCUGGGCUUCAGCGUGCGAGGAGGCUCCGAACAUGGCCUCAGCAUCUUUGUCAGUAAGGUGGAGGACAACAGUACAGCAGAGGAGGCAGGCCUGUGCGUCGGGGAUAAACUGGUGGAGGUGAACGGUAUCAGCCUGGAGAGCAUCACCAUGAGCAGCGCUGUUAAAGUCCUGACGGGCAACAACAGGCUGAGGAUGGUGGUGAGACGCGUUGGCAAAGUCCCCGGCAUCCGCUACUCCAAGGAGAAGACUACCUGGGUGGACUUGAUACACAGGCGUAUGGUGGUGGAGGAGAGCGGAUGCACUCCUUCAGACGCCAGCUCAGGAAGCGCCCUCCAAAGGAUCGUCCACCUCUCCACCACCUCCGACGACUACUGCCUGGGCUUCAACAUCCGGGGGGGGAAGGAGUUCGGUCUGGGCAUCUACGUCUCCAAGCUGGAUCCUGGAGGUCUGGCUGAGCAGAAUGGGAUAAAGAUGGGGGACCAGAUCCUGGCUGCCAAUGGAAUAAGCUUUGAGGACAUCAGCCACAGUAAUGCUGUGGAGGUGCUGAAGAGCCACACACAUGUCAUGCUGACCAUCAAGGAAGCAGGGCGAUACCCGGCUUAUAAAGAGAUGGUGGCAGAAUACAGGUGGCUCAAUAAGUUGUCCAACGGGACUCAGAAAUCCUCCUCCCAGGGUUCAGAAUCCAACUCCUCUGGCUCCUCUCUGUCGUCUGGGACUCCGGUGAGCUCUCUGAGCGGCCUGUCGCAGGUCAUGUUCCCUCCCAGCAUGCCCUUCUGUUCAGACAUGGUGGAUGUCUGCAUCUCUACAGAGGACCAGAGGACAGGGUUUGAGUCCGGGCGAACGGAGACGGCCAUGCAGACGGACCUUCCAUCCCAGAGGUCGGCUGCAGAAACCACGCGCAGCCUGGGACGAACCACGCUGCUCAAAGACACAGUAAUCCGUUCUGGGGAGGGCGGGGGGACCACAGAGUCCACGAAGACAGCCGUGCUGAUGGCCCUCAGCCGACCGAGCCGACCAAUCAGCCGCUCCCAGAGUCAGGUCACUGUGGCAGAGAUCAAGCAGAAGAAAGAGAAGAAGCAGAAAGAGAAGCACCCAGAGAAGAGCGUCCUGCAGCGCUCCAAGACUUUUGUCAACUUGCUCUUCAGAGGGGGGCGCAGGGGGCGCUCCAAGUCGCCGUCCACAAACAAAGCUGGGGGCAGACAUGUCAGUGUAAUGCCAAAUUCAGAGAUGCUAGGAGUGGUGGAGGACAUGGCCCGCAGGCUGCUGACGGAGGAGGAGGUGGCCGCUGUGAUGAAGACGUGCCGAAGGUACGUGUCGGAUCGAUCGGUGGAGAACUUGAUACGCCACCUGUUGGCCGUGCUGGACAGACCGGAGAAGCUGCUGCUGCUCAGAGAAGUCCGGAUGCUGCUUCCUCCUCCUGACCUGAAUGCAUUCAAUAACCUGGUGACCCCGAUCGAAGUCGAGGCCUACGAUAUCCUCAAGUAUCGUUCAAUCAAAACUCCUCUUCUUCGCUCUCCCAGAUCUGGUCGAGUACCAAAACGGCGCCUCAUCACUCCUAUCCCGGAUUUCAGGGGAGGCUUUGAGCUCCACAAUGCUGAGGAGGUGGAGAAGGAGAGCCACCUGCUGGACGAGCUGGAGAAGCUCAGUGUGCAGGGGCCUCAGGGGGCCAGGGAGAGGCCCCCUACCUCCAUGUCCUUCACCCCGCUGCUGGACAUCCCAGUGGACGGAUACUACUCAGAGUCCAGAGACAUCAGAUCGCCCUCCUCCAGCGCCAUGCUCCCCAACUGGCUGCUGGCCCACAACGAACACCCCCGCCCCCCGCUCCGUACAGACAUUGGCACCAUUCGCUCCGUCCACUUUGACGAGGUCUCGCUGCAUUCUGCCUCAGACACUUCCUCAGAGAGAGGCAGGUCCCCGUUCAGAAACGGACACUCCACGGGUGAAAAGGAGAAAAGUGGAGACAGAAGUAAAGGCGGCGUGUUCACGCUGCAGAGUGCGGCGCGCAGGAGUCGCCCCUUGUUGUCGCAGGUUUUCAGAUCGAGUCCGGAUCAGCGAGCGGGGGGGGAACAGACUAACGGACACCAGGCUUCCACUGAGAACAGACUCAAUGGAUCUGAGUCUGAACAGGAGUACGAGCUCAAAACUGUCAGCAUCUCCAAGACUAAACAGUCACUGGGCAUCAGUAUAUCUGGUGGGAUGGAGUCCAAGGUUCAGCCGGUGGUGAAGAUCGAGAAGAUCUUCCCCGGAGGAGCGGCCUCCACCUGUGAAGUGCUCAAGGCUGGAUUUGAGUUGGUGUCUGUGGACGGAGUCUCCCUGCAGGGCGUGACCCAUCAUCACGCUGUGGACAUCAUCCGAAAAGCCUUCAGCAACAAGGCCAAAGACCCCAUGGUGUUUGUGGUCAAAGUCCCCAAAAACAUUUUGAAAGGAGACUGAGACUCAUCAUGAAUUUAUUUCUGGGACUAAACGCAGAGACUUGAACUCCGGCCUGAACACAGAGAUGUGCUCACAGAGGUCAGGUAUGUUAUUUUGCCAUUCAUGUUAAAGUUUGUAGAAGUUAUUGAUUACAUGGACACUGGUAACUGUUCUAAGCUGAAUAACAAACUUAGCAUAGAGCAGAUUACUGGUAUUUGAAACGGUAAUGAUACAAUAAAUGAAAAGGAAUUUUGUCAUAAAAUUACUUAGUACUAUAGAACU